GUAUUACUGGACUGAUAAUGCUGCAUCCAUCUGAAGAAACCACCCAAGACUCCCUGAAGACAUAAGAGCAGCCUCAAAUGAGAAGACACCAGGUCUUGGUCUUAGAGAUUCAUACUCGAGGGGGUUGCUGUGUCAAAUCAAAAGGAACUUGACUAACUCCGGACUCGCGUCUGUGUUCAGAGAUGCACCUGACUGUGAGAUUCUCCUUCAUCGUAUGGACUCUCUGCAGAUUAUCUCAAGCCUCCCCUAGUGAUCCAUACAGCAGCUGUAUGGCAGGAAAAACGUGCCAGGCCAAGUUUGGGAAUGGAGUAUGUGAUCAGGAGUGCUCCACUUCUGACUGUCUGAGAGAUGGAUUCGACUGCCUCAAAGACAAAGGCAUCUGCAUUUUAGGGCAUAUACAUUAUUGCCGAAAUCAUUAUGACAACGGCCACUGCGACCAGGGCUGCAACAACGCCCCCUGUGGGUGGGACGGCUCGGACUGCCACAAAAAGCAGUACCCCAUCUGGGCCAAAGGAAGCCUCAUACUGCACACUAGAAUCCCAUUCCAGAGGGGUCAGAUUCAGAACAGCUCUCUGUUAUGGCCCUUAAGCACUGUCCUGCAGACCAGCGUCAAACUCAGAGGGAUGGCACCUCUCCAGCCCACCACAGACCUACUUACAAUGGACACCCGACAGCUCGCCGAGCUGUACGCUCAAACACCAGCCUAUGACAGCAAUGGGUCAGUGUUAUUCCUGCAGCUGGAUAACAAACCCUGCUCCCGUCUUCCCUCCACCUGUUUCCAGUAUGCCGUCGAGGCUGCACACUUCCUGCGUGCCAUCCUGGCACAGAAUCAUGCCUCGUUUCCCAUGAUCCCAAAGAUCCUGGCGGCUGUGAUCAGUGUACGUGGAGUCGAUGAGGAAAUAGGAGCCAGAGAGGAGGUGAAGCUGCCAAAGGAGGAGCGCAACGUUCAUGAAGCCUCUCCUGCCUGGAUGUGGCCUGUGGUCGGUGUGGCGACGGGGCUCGGUGUGGCGGCUGCCGUGAUCAUCACGGUGGUGUUCCUGUGGUUAAAGAGAAGAAGACAGAGACGAGAAGGAGGAGAGCGAGUGCGGCACAGAUCCACGGUGACCGACAGCAAUAACGGCAGCAAGGCCUGGUCCCGCCGCUCUGAGGAGAAGAGAAGCAGAUCGGGAAGAGAUAAAGACAGAAAUGGGACGAAGACAAACAAGAAAGGAAAGGAGUCAGGAAAAAGACGUAAGGAGCCCCUCGGUGAGGAUGCGAUCCGUAUGCGACCCCUGAGGAAGGAACUGGACAUCGGAAGUGACACCGAUGUGACCCAGAGCUCCAUGGAGGACAUCAACAAGACCAUCUGUGACCACAGAUCACCAGACCAAAAACAGUUCAAACAGCCCCGCAUGCUGGCUCCCCCUAGAGGAUGGGAAAGAAAUGUGGUUCCUACACUUCAAAGACCACCAAGAAAUGCCGCUCCUGUGCAGUGGUGCGGUCCGGACGGCUCGGUCGUGCUGAUCCGAGCUGUCAGAAGCGGGCUUGACCGAGUGGUUCUGGAGCUCCUGAGAGCCGGAGUGCCAGUCAACAACACCGACCACACGGGGAGAUCUGCCCUCCACUGGGCAUGCUCAGUAAACCACCUCCCAUUGGCACGGACUCUCAUUCGCUACGGUGCUGCAGUGGACUUACAGGACCAUAAGGCUGAAACGGCUUUGUUUCUCUCGGCUCUCCACGGUUGCUAUGACACCGCACGAUUCCUGUUGCUCAACGGGGCCAAUCAAGAUCUCUCUGACUGCAAGGGGCGGCGGCCACUGGAUGUGGCUCGAGAGGGAUUACAUCAUCAGGUCCUCGAGCUCCUAUUGGCUCACAGAGUUCACAAGGCGCCAGUUCCUCUAGAUCCCGCCACUGAGGUGCUCUGGGACGAUCGCACGUACAUCUAUUCUCCUUGGGUCGCUUCACCUCCAUAUCUGCCUGGAAGAAGUGCCUCGUUUUCGGGGGUCAUCAGUCACAGAGGGAUGUCAACACCUCCGCCUACUGAUUGGCAGAUGGGAAGAACGCAAUGCUCCUCCCCCCAGAACUGGCGUCCAGCCCCCAACCAAUCAGCAACGGCACUGGUCAGCCCCAGGAUUCUUGGCCGCCCAUCUCGGCCUAUCAGCACUCUCCAGGAAGUGACGUCAGAAGCGGAGGACGAGGAGAGGGAGAUGACCCAGGACGCUACUCGAGCGGCAACGCCUCACUUCCUGUCUCCACAACCCGCACCUCGACAGCGCUCGUUCUCCUGUACCCAGCAUGCACUGAACCGUCGCUCCAGUGGCAACCAAUCAGAGCUGUCCGUAGCUGUGCCAGCUGAAAAAAUAGCCAAUGAGCAUGUAGAAAUAGUGAUCGUGCCACACCCGAGAGAAGCGGCCAGCCAGUCAGAGAGCAAAACCACAGGGAACAGUCUCAGCGCAGCUCAGAUGGAAAGUAUGAGGAACUGCAACUCCAAAAUGAGUGAGAGGGUCAGUAAUGAGCUUCCCGUCAUCAUCCAAAGCAGCAUGUGAGAGAAGAUACAGAGAAAAGAAAUUAGACAACUCGAAAAUGCAUACAACUGUGGUUUACAAUUUCUCUACUGACUAUUAAAAUAAUCUAAUAUUAUUGACAGAAUCUCAGGAAAACUUGUCCUCACCCCAAAAUCAAAAGCAAUUCAAAUUUGCAUGAGGAAAAGAAAGUCUAUUUAGAACUAUUUUUUAGAACUUCUUUUUGCAU